UACAGAGGGAUAUUCAAAAAUCCUUAGUAACUGUUUGUGUAUUUGUUUGGAACCAUAUUUCACCUUUAAAUAAUUUUAAUUUGAAAUUAACGAGCGAGACGAUAUUUAUCGCAGUUUUAACUCUGCGCUCGGUCGCGUUCUUAACGUUUAGUUACUGGAGAAUGCUUUAGCUGAGCACGAGUGAGGAGAAUACUUCAGCACGCGACGCGUCUCGGUGUUUAUUAAAGAGCGAGUGUUUGUGUACAUUCUCAGAGUUCUGCAGUCUCCGUGUUCGUUAAUUAUCUUUGUUAGCGAGAGAAAUGUAGAAAUACAAUGUUAGUUUAUGGUAACGCGAAGUUGUUGUAAAAUAACGGUGUCUGAAGUUAGUCUAAGACUUGGUGUUUGUUUUCAUACAAACCAAACUAUCAGUAGCUAACCUUCCUCACCUUCCUCAUCUAACCAUGAAGCCGAAGCUGAAGAACCAGCAGGAUAACUCCCUCAACAAAAUGUGUCAGCUUUGCAAGCAUUGUGAUGAUUGCCCUGACAAAUAUGGAGAGAAGAUCACACUCGAGGAACACAAAAUAACCGUUCACUAUUUUUGUUUGCUGAUGUCCAGUGGAAUAUUCCAGAGAGGAGAGGAGCAUGAAGGCAUUCAUGGAUUUCUGGUAGAUGACAUUAAGCAGGAGACUCGUAGAUCUGCAAAGCUGAAGUGUAUGGUGUGUAAAAAGAAUGGUGCUUCAGUUGGAUGUUCUAUCAAAAGCUGUAGACAGAUGGUCCACCUGCCUUGUGGAAUACAACAGGAGUUUAUUUUCCAGUUCACUGACUUGUUUCCAUCUUUUUGUAGAAAACAUCGCCCCACUCAGACCUGCUCUUCCACCCCCACUCUGCCUCUGUCCUGCUCCAUCUGCUUGGAGCCCAUUGAGCCUGUUCUCUCCUACUCUGUGCUCAAGUGCCCUGCAUGUCAUGGAAGCUGGUUUCAUAGGGAAUGUGUUCAGAAUCAAGCACACAGUGCUGCCCUGUAUUUCUUCAGAUGUACACUAUGCAACAAUAUAGACCAGUUUCAGAAAGAAAUGCUCAGAAUGGGAAUACACAUACCAGAACGAGAUGCUUCAUGGGAGUUGGAGGAGAAUGCUUAUGGGGAGCUGUUACAAGUGUACCAGCACUGUGAUGCUGUCAAAUGUUCCUGUGAAAAAGGACGUAAUUACAGUGCACAAUCAGGUUUUUUUGAGGUUAUUCGAUGCAAGUUUUGUGGCUCCAGUGGAACCCACCGAAAAUGUUCUUCUCUUAAACAUUAUGAAACCAACUGGAGUUGUGAUGACUGCAAAGCUGCUGUUGAGGGAACAGUGUCCAUAUUGCCAAACCAUGUUAAAUCACCACUGGCACAGAGGCAAGAGAAGAAAAGACUGCUUAAAAGAUGCCUCUCCAGCAUACAUUCCUCAAUCAUCUCUAAAAGGUUGUGUGUGGAUGCAAGUCCCUCAGAAAUCAUAAAGGAUUUGGCCACUCAAAUAUCAAUGCAGCAGAUCACAACAGUGCUGGUGAAAAAGGAUGAGGUGUUUGAAGCUGCCCUUCAGACUGUGCGGCGGAGUGACUUUAACCCCUGCCACACACUGUCCGUGAGCUUCGGCAGAGAAAAACGGAGUCAAAAGGUGGGCACACAGCGCCGUUUCCUUAGACUCCUUCUGCAGAAAUUACAGAAUUCAAGUGUCUUUGAAGGACCUGACCAAGCUAAAAACCUGUCCCUUAGCUCGCAAGCGCUGAGAGAUGAUCUAUAUUUCGAGGUUGGCAGUCUGCUGGCUCUCUCUCUCGUCCAUGGUGGUCCUCCAGUGGCCUUUUUCUCUCAUGCGCUUUACUACAGCCUGUUCCAUUACCCCACUGACUACAAGUUCACUGCUGAAGACUUGGGAGAUGUCAAAUUAGCGAACACGGUCAAAAAGAUCGAGCAAUCAAGCACUUUGAAGGAACUGAAGAGAGUUCUACGGUCCAUGAAGGACUAUUUGCAAGUAGCAGGCUGCUGGCGAGAAAUCACUAAACUGUCUGACAAAAACCUACUGCUGGAGGACAUUCUAAACUUUUACUUUGUUGUGAGAAUGCAGUUGCCUCUUCAAAGGUUUUGCGAGGGGCUUAAAACAUUAAGUGUGUUUGAUCGAGUCCAGGCAUGUCCAGAGGCCUUCUACCCAAUUUUUUGUGGCCCAGGAGAAAGGAUGACUGCAGAUGCCCUGUUUUCACUUUUCACUGCUCGUUUUUCUGAGCGGGGAGAACAGAAAGCAAAAGAACAUGCGGCAAUGGCACUCUGGAAGCAGUACAUACAGGAGUGUGAAGAUGGACGAUGUGCUGCAUCUCUAGAGGAUAUUCUCAUAUUUGUCACUGGUACCAAUGUGGUGCCUGCCAUCAGCUUUGACCCUCCUCCUUCAUUGUCCUUCUUUGUCCCACUGGAACCUUCAUUUGCCUUUCCCCAAAGUCAAACUGAAAAGAACCACCUCAUUCUACCUCUACUCUCCUCUUAUGAGAUCUUCAAGAAACACUUGGAAUAUGCUGUGUGUCAGAUCUCUGUGAUGGAGGGCAUGUGAACACACGUUUAUUUACAAUCUAUGUUCCAGUUCAUGCCAAAUGUGUUCAGUUGCAGGACACCCGUUCUUCCAUGCAAGUCUUAGUUAAAUAUAUCUUCACGGACCUCACUUGGUACACAGGAGUACUGUCACACAGAAACAUGUUUGGGUACCUUAGUUCCUGUGAAAGGAAACAGUAAUUCUUUAGCAUGAAGACACACACCUUUUUGGCAACAAUUUUGGGAAGAACCAUAUAUGGCUUUAUGGUCAGGUUAAAAAAAAAAUGUCAUGGUGUACAUUUUGGUAGAUUAUAAAAAGUACAGUUGUUUCCUCUGUAUAUACAGUACACCCCAUUAAAAAAUGCUGAUAUUUAAAUGUUUUAAAACGUCACUAUUUACACAUAUAGAAUUACUGCCUACUCACUGCUGAUAAAUACUUUAGAGAUAAUCUCAUUUAGAAAGGUUUUUCUACAAAAACUAGUGAAGAGCUUUUGCCAUAAAGAAGAAAGCUAUUUUCAUUAUUCAUUAAAUUUUUAUCCAUGCUGUCAUUCUACCGAGUGGGAACCCACAGCGUCAGGAAUUAACAAUCAAGUUCCGCUAGCAUUGACGUUUAAAAAAUAAGUAUUGAAUUUUGAAGUAUAGUGCGGGCAAUAAAGCUUUUGAAACCAACAGUGUUCACUUUAAGCAGAAUCGUGAAGGCAUUCUGCAUUUAAAAAAGUAAAAUGUUUUAAUGUUUUUCAUUUAAAGAAUGUACUUUAUUUGAAAAGACACACUAUACUGAAUCCUUGAUCUAAGGUGAAUGUUUACGAUUAUCAUUGUGGUAAACCUCUGCAUGACUUGAUCACAUUUUCAUAGUAUUCCAUGUGAAUAACAAGUAAAGAGUAGCAGGGUUGCGCUUAGUUGUGGGAGAAAAAAGCUGGAUGUCUAAAGGUAAAUCAUAACUCAGUUUUUUUGUUUUCUAUGUGUUCUAUGUAAUUACUAUGCAUAGGUUAUUGCAAGGUAUUUUUAAAUUUUGCCUUUUUUCAUCUUUUUCCUUUGAGUUCUAAAGUAUUGUACAGAAAUGGCUUGUGUUGAGGAAUCUCUCACUUUCUUUAUCUUUUUCUAUUGUUAUUAGCUUGUCUUUGUUAUGUACUACAUGAUACGAUACUUGAGAAGUUCUCAGCUGAACGUGAUGUAAGGCUAAUCAGCAUUCUGUUUCAUCUGUAGCAAACCAAGGCAAAUAAAAGACUCGAUUGGUUUCA